AUGUCAAAGAGAAGAGGUGCUGCUAAACCAAAGCCAAAGUCUGCUGCUUCUAAGCCUAAGGACAACAGCGGUCUUUUAGAGGCUUUAAAAUUGUAUGAAUCUAAGAAUUACAAGAAAUCUUUAAAACUUUUGGAAGCCAUUUUGAAGAAAGAUAGUUCCUAUGUUGACGCCUUAGCUUUAAAAGGUUUAGAUUUAUACUCUACUGGCGAGACCGAGGAAGCUAAAUCUUAUAUCAACAAUGCUAUUAGCAAAAUUAAAAGCUUUAAGGCCUCUCCAAUCUGUUGUCAUAUUUUGGGUAUCUAUAUGAGAUCCACUAAGAACUAUACUGAUUCCAUUAGAUGGUUCCAAGCUUCUUUGGAUAAUGGAUCCACGAAUCACCAAAUUUAUAGAGAUUUAUCCAUUUUGCAAUCUCAAAUUGGUGAUUUCAAAGCUGUUCUAGCUUCUAGAAAAAAGUAUUGGGAAGCUUACAUGGGUUACCGUGCUAAUUGGACCAGUUUAGCCGUUGCACAAUACAUUAAUGGUGAAAGACAACAAGCCAUCAAUACUUUAUCUCAAUUUGAAAAGUUAGCUGCAGGUAAAUUAAGUGAACCAGAACUCUACGAAAACAGUGAAUGUAUCAUGUACAAGAAUGAUAUCAUGUAUACAGCAGCUGAAUCAAAUGUUGAAAAAUUGAAUAAGGUUUUAAAACAUUUAUGUGAUAAUGAAAAAGAUAUUUUCGACAAAUAUGCUGUUCUAGAAAGAAAAGCAAGUAUUUUAAUGAAAACUGGCGAAUUCAAAGAAGCUUCAAAAGUUUACAGAGCUUUAAUCAAGAGAAACCCUGACAAUUUGAAAUAUUAUAAGUUACUUGAAGUCACUUUGGGUAUUUCUAAUGACAAAGGUUUGAAAUUAAAAUUAUACAAGAAAUUGGCUACAUUUUAUCCAAAAGCUGAACCUCCAAAAUAUAUCCCACUAUCAUUUAUUGAAGAUGAAAAUUAUCUAAGAGAAAGCUUAAAUGAAUAUGUCACUGCUCAAUUGAAACGUGGUGUUCCAGCUACUUUUUCGAAUAUUAAACCGUUAUAUAGACAAAGAUCAGAUAUCAUUCCCCGGUUAUGCGAAGAUAUCGUCACUGAAUUUUUGGGGACUUUGGAAGCAUCAUCUGAUCCAAGUGCUGUCAUCUGGACCAACUAUUACCUUUCUCAACAUUACUUGUUUGUAAGGAACUAUCCAAAAGCUCAAGAAUAUAUUGAUAAGGCUAUUGAACAUACUCCAACUAUGGUUGAAUUGUACAUCUUGAAGGGUCGUAUUUUGAAGCAUAUGGGUAUGUUAUCUGAAGCAGCUGAGGCUCUAGAAGAAGGUAGGAAAUUAGACUUACAGGAUAGAUUUAUUAAUUGUAAGACUGCCAAGUAUUAUUUAAGAGCAAACGAUAUCGAAAAAGCUGUAGAAGUUGUCUCUUUAUUCACUAAAAAUGAUGAUGCAGUCAAUGGUGUCAAAGACUUACAUUUAGUAGAAGCUUCUUGGUUUAUCAUUGAGCAAGCAGAAGCCUACAAUAGGCUUCAUGUUGAUUCAAAGAAAAAACUAGAAGAAUUGAGAACUUCAUCAGCUGAAGUCACUGAGGAAGACGAAAAUGCAGAUUCUCAAAAGAUUAAAGAAUUAGAAUGGGAUACCAUGAAAUUCCAAGGCUUAUCUUUGAAAAGAUAUACUGCAAUUAGUAAAUUCUAUCAACAAUUUGAAGAUGACCAAUUAGAUUUCCAUUCUUAUUGUUUGAGAAAGGGUACAUCAAGGGCUUACUUAGAAAUGUUGGAUUGGGGUAAAAGCAUCUACACUAAACCAAUUUAUGUUCGUGCCAUGAAGGGUGCUUCACGUUUAUACUUCGAAUUAAAUGACACUUUGAAAGAGAGAAAUGAUUCUGAGAUUGUACCAAAGAAGAAAAGCAACACAAAGAACAAAAAGGACUCUUCGUUAAAUAAACGUAAAGAUCAAGAAAGAAAAAUUGUUAUGGCCUACCCAGCAGACAAAGAUAAUGAUGAGUUUGGUGAAAAGUUAUCAAAUUCAAAGAAACCAUUGGACGAUUUCUUAAAUGUAUUUUUCACCAAAUACAACAACCAAGUUACCGAUGUCGAUAAAGAUUAUGUUUUAGCAUUCCUUACUGAAUACAAAUUAGGCAAAUUGGCAUUAUCAGCCGGUGCGAUUACCAAGUACUCCAAAAUCGUGGGACCAAACGCUAGUAUCAUUGGUGCUAUGGCCAUCAUCUUAGCUUUGGCCACGAGAGAUGACCAACCAUUUGAAGAUAUUGCCAAACAAGUUGCAAGAAAGGUAUUAGAAUCUGACUUCUCUUCCAUUCCAAUAAACGAGGUGAACAGCCCAGAUUUCAACUUUAUCAAGUACUUUAAAGAUAAUUACAAAUUAGAUAACGUUAAUGCUCUACUAUUAUUGGACUAUUUCCAACUCAACAAAGAUGAUAUAAAACCGUUGAUAUUGAAGAGUAUUGAAACUUUAGAACCAUACAAGAAAAUUUACAUCUUAGAAUACGAAUUAUAA